UGAGAGAGAGAGGCCAGUUGAGGUUGGAGUCUCUGGCCAUGGACAACGCUGCGUUUGAAAAGGGCGACAGUAUAGGUCUGGACACACGACCAGCCGCCGCAUCGGUCAGCGCCAAGCCGUCCGACUCCGGUGAUUCCGGCCGGAUGGAAGGUUGCUCGGACGGUCUGGAGGGGGCCGGGAAGAUGACGGGGACCGACUCCCAGGAGCCGGACAGCGGCAAGGAGCCGCUGCCCUGCGUCUUGGCCCUGGCGGAGUCCGACGGAGACGUGGCCAGCCUGACUCCCUCGCUGGGCUCCCCGGACGAGGAGGAGAUGGGGGACGAUCUGGCGGAGGCCGAGGGCCCCCUGGCCGAGAGCGCGGACUCCGACCGGGUCUCCGCCCCGUCGCUGGGGGGCUGCAGCGAGACGGAGCAAGACGGCGCGCAGGGGGCCGCGCCGAAGCCCGAGGUCUACCGGGGUGACCCCAGCAACACCUUCUAUUACGUCAAGUGGAUCAGCUGGAAGGGCGAGAAGACUCCCGUCAUCACCCAGAGUGAAAACGGGCCCUGCCCCUUGAUCGCCAUCAUGAACAUCUUGUUCCUGAGAUGGAAGGUCAAGAUACCACCGAAGACUGAGGUGAUAUCGGUUGAACAGUUGAUGAUCCUUCUCGGUAACUAUAGAUCCACUUCAGUCAAACGGUUCCAACGCUCGAUUGACCAGUGUCUUAUGUCCAGCUCAUUGAAAACUCUGAGGAGACAAGGGACUGCGGAGAGACACAAAAUACUGGAGUAACUCAGUGGGACAGGCAGC